AACCUCCGCAUAGCCAUCGUGGGUGGGGGUGUUUGUGGAUUGACAUGCGCGGUCGCACUCUUGCGAGAAGGCGCUAACGUACAAGUCUAUGAAGCGGCGGUGAUUUGGCGAAGCAUUGGCCUAGGCAGUAAAGGUCCGAAUGCGCUCCGUAUACUGGAAACGCUUCAAGUCCUCGAUGACAUUCAAGCUCGCACGGAAGAGACAUCUGAGACCUCGGAUACCUCGAACGAGCACCGCGACAUCAAACACGCAAGCGGAUGGUUUGAGUAUUAUGACGCGUCCGAAACGGUUGACCCCGGAGUGCACCGCGCAGCUUUCCUCGACGCCCUUGUCCAACACAUUCCCGAGGAGCGUACUCAUUUCCACAAGCGGUGCGUCCAUGUCACUCCGCCCUCCACUUCCGAAGGGCCUGUCGCUAUACACUUCAAAGAUGGCACCACCGCCGAAGUAGACGUGUUCCUCGGCGCUGACGGUAUAAAUCGGAGUGCCGUGCGCCACUUCCUGACGAACUCGUACCGCACGGAUGUGGACCUGUUCUUGAAGUUCAGCAACACAGUCGUCCAUCGUGCCUUAGUUCAUGCAUCCAAGGCUGCCGCGGCAGGCGUGACGAUGGACUUCAGCGAACGGCCCGUCUGCUUUAUUGCUGACAGGAAGCACGUCAUCGUGUUCACUAUCCGAGGUGGCAGCCUGCUCAACGUCGUCGCCUCUGCCGAGUCUCCUGCCCCCUACGAUGCAGAGCUUCCACCAGCGUCGGCCGAGGUUUCUGAGGAAGUCAUCACGCAAGAACUUAUAAGCGCUUACGAGGGAUGGUCGCCUGAGGUUAUGAAACUCCUCUCUUACGUAGAAACGCCAGCAAAGUGGAGCAUCAACGUCGUCUAUCCGCACUUGUCUGUAGAGAAUUGGGCCAGAGGCAGGGUAGCUGUUCUUGGAGAUGCGGCACAUGCAAUGCUACCUCACCUUGAUGCAGGGGCAGGUCAAGGUUUCAAAGAUGCGUAUCUCUUGGGCAAGCUCCUUGGAAACCCGAAGACCAACAUUGAGAACGUCGAGAACGUCCUUCGCGUCUAUGCUGCCGUUCGCCAGCCUCGGGCGCAGAAGAUCUGGGACGAUAGCAAGUGCGCCUGUGACAUGUAUGAGGCUCCAGUGCACGAUGGCCUGGACGGAGAAAAGAUGCGCGCGCUCUGGAAUAACGUCUGGAAUCAUGGCGUAGAUGACGACAUGAACCAGGCCAUAGAAAUGUUGGUAAGGGAUGGAGCCUUCCGAGUCGCAGAGGAGGACAAUCUUGUUUGA